CCCUUGGAUAUUCAGGCGCGAGGUCCCGCGGCCGUUGAAGCCUACAACAAAGCUCUUUUGGAUGGGAAAGCAUUCAUCAAAAGAGUACCAGUUAUGAUAAUUGGGCAGGAUCGGACAGGGAAGACCAGUCUAAAGAAGUCUCUGAAGGGAGAAAAGUUCGAUCCAAAGGAACGGAGCACUGAAGGAAUAGCGACUGAUCCUGAAUACUUUAAGGUUUCGACGGAAAUUUGGAGAACAGGUGACAACGACAAAGAAAGUGAACCUUUUUCAGAGGCUUACUUUGAGCACCAUGUGGCACGGUCGGUAUUUGGAGCAUUAAAGGAUCUCGAGAAGCAACAUGCGAAAGAAGAAACAUCUCAGAGACAACUUUUAAAGGAACCAAGCAAAAGUAAGCCUGAGGCGUCACUUAAGUACUCAGAGGUAAGAACAGAAAGAUGCACUCUUCCGUUUUCAAACGAAGUCCCAGAACGUGUAGCAAAGCUAGUGAAAGAGCUUCUGCUAAAUGUGAAAACGAAUGAAGAAAAGGACGAGUUAUUCUCCAUUAUUUGGGACUUUGGUGGACAGUCCGUUUACUAUGCUACCCAUCCAGUCUUCCUGACAGAGAGAGCCAUAUAUAUUUUAACUUGUGAUCUAAGUCGUGAUCCAUACCAGAAAGCUAACAGUGUUGUGAGAAAAGGGCUGUACAAAAACAAAGAAGACAAUUACUGCAACAAGACAAACCUAGACAAUCUUGACUUUUGGCUUUCAUCAGUUUAUUCUUUGGUUGGUCCACAUGCUGAUGGUCAGAACAUAUCUGUUCCGCUUGCCUCACCCACAAUAUUACCUCCAGUGUUUUUGGUGUGUACUCAUGCCGAUGAACCUUACUGUAGGAACAGGGAUCCCAGAGAGUUGGCGCUCGACAUCUAUGGAUUUCUCAAAAAGAAGCCUUAUAGAAACCAUUUGUUUAAGGACGUUUUUGUCGUCGACAAUACGAAGUCAGGAAGCGAAACUGACGAGUGUCCAGAGGUAGUGCGCCUCAGGGAAGAAUUAAUUUCUGUUGCCCAAAGUCUUCCACAGAUGCAGGAGGCCGUUCCAUUGAAGUGGUUAAGGUUUGAACAUAUUCUGCGGUCUUUACUUGAAAAGCAGUGCAAAUGGUUGCCCAUUAAUGAAGCAAAGCAAAUUGCAACAGAUGAGUGUGCGAUCAACGACGAUGAGCAAUUUCGGACUAUGCUUGAUUUUUUGCAUGAUCAAAAGGUUCUGAUUCAUUUUAAUGAAACACCAGAAUUGAACAACAUGGUGAUCUUAGACCCCCAAUGGCUCAUUGAUAUCUUCAAGAAAGUAAUCACUGUUAAACGUUAUGAGCCGACAGAAUAUAUCCUUGAACAAUUUUGGCUCAAGCUGCAUGAGACUGGAAUCUUAGAUGAAAGGCUCCUGGUUCACGAGUGGAAAUCGUUGAUUGAUAUGUACAGUAAAGAAACCUGUGGCAGCCUUAUCGCGUUAAUGGAGAGAUUCAGUUUGCUUUGUCCUUGGCCAUCUGACGGAGAACACAAACAGUACCUCGUGCCGUCCAUGUUGAUGUCGCCCCCUUCAGACGACCUAGUUGAGCUCCUUUCCUCUGUGAGAAUCCCUUCACUUUUUGUGAGGUUUGAUUUAGGCCGAGUGCCUCCGGGCCUGUUCACACGUCUAGUUCUCCAGUUUUACCAGUGGUGCAACCAGGAGUGGAAGAGCCAUAUACAACCCCAGUUGUUUAGUAAUUUUGCUCGGUUUCACAUCCUUCCUGAUCAAGGGGUGUCUAUCAUCAUUAUGUGCCAUUCCUCUUCUAUUGAGAUCGCCUUUCACGAUGGAAGCGACUUUCGUGGAGCAAUGGUGGAAGAUUUAAUUGAUGAUUAUUCUAAUCUAGCCACCAGUCGUGCAAUUCAUUGGCAACUCAGACUCAUUCUCGAGUGCAUGAGCAGAGAGUUUAGCUGGCUAAAACACAUGAGGUACGAAAUGUGCGUUUGCUGUCCAGUGUGUUCGCAGAAAGAUCCUCUCAGAUGUCGUUCUCAUGGUGUCCGUGGCUGUGAGUGUCUUCACUUGUUGUCUGAAUCCGAACUUCAGAAAUUUCAGUACUGUAGCCGACCUGGUUUUCGUGGCGACUACAGAAUUAAAAUCAAAAUGUUUGCACCCUGGUUUUCACUAACAGGCCCUGAAAGCAGGACUCCAGUGAAUCAGGUAGGUAUCGGUCUUUUGUAAACGUUAUGUACAAAAUACAAUUCACGAGUGUGUUCUCGAAUACUACUAAAACCACUGCAGUUUUUUCAAAAGUUCAAUAUACAAAAUUAAAACAUAAGUUAUUUCAGGGAGGAAAGAGUACAAAAAAUCAUAUCUUGUCACUUUGACCUCCAUGCCAAAGAUAUCAUUAUUUAGAGUCAUAAUACAACUUAAUGGUAAUGAAAAAAUAUAUGAAAAUUAUACUAUAAAAAAACAACCACAAAUUUCAGGGUUUUCAAACUGUAUAUUCUCAAUUCGUUGAUUGUGUAUUUUUUCUCAAGCAGCAAGGUGCAUCUGGAUGUAAUGUGGGAGAACUGAGAAGCUGUGUAACUUACCAAGAAGGCAAGAACACUUACAUCACUUGUACUUUUUAAACCCUGUGUUUUUCCUAUCUAUUCUUUCUUUUAAUCCAAUUUAUAAUAGUAGUCACUUGAAGUCUUCUGUUGUAACAUGUGUCUUUGCAAUAAUUUCUAGAGAAGUCUCUUGCUCUUCCCCAUGAUGUUCUUCAAUGCAUUCAGACUCAGUCGAAAGAAACCAAGGAAAUUGUAGUUCAAUUUCAAGAGUGUCUGCAGUUAACUCUAGCAGAUCUGGAAAAUCCAGCACCCAACACGCAAAGAUGGAUUCGGUGUCUAGCUCAUGUAGCUAAAUCUCAAAAGAGAAUUGACGUAAUUGAGCACUUGAGGACUAUAGCACCAGCCGGUACUACGGGUACGUCCACAACAAAGUCCAUGUAAAAAUUCGUUGUUUCUUUUAUUACUGCGAGGAGAGAUACUUCCAAGUAGUAAGUGCAGUUUUUCUGCAUCUUUUGUGGAUGUAGAAGUAUAUACACAGAUUUGCUUGUACAGUUAUGUUAGUUUGUUUUAUUCACACCAUGUUGUUUGGUAACCAGGUCCCUUACUGAACGAAAACCUUGAUGUGCGUUGUAUUCCUUUUAAGAUGAGAAAGGAACUAACAUUUGGUCUUUGUGGU